UAGAUAAUUCCGGAAGUGACAUCCUGAGUCACCUCUCCAUACCAUAGAGCUGGAAGGGGUUGCUGUCAGGGGUCCAGGAACUCCUCUGCCUAGAAAGGAAAGCUAGCAGUGACCAACUGGGAGGGGGACAAGAGCAUGUGGCUGGAUUGGAAGUGGCCACGAAGGUCACAUCUUGCCUGGUGUCCUCACCUCCUGACACAGGUGUUUGAGUAUUUCCUGUGAUUGCUGCCAGCAUCCAGGAGGCAGGCAAGAGAAAGAGUGCUUUGUGAAGGCCCUGCAGCAGAAGACAGACACAGAAGUGGAACUUCACGAAGAAACUUGAUCCCAGGGCCACUGGAGUCUGAGGACCAGUGGAUGGAGAGCCAUGAUAAUCCAGGCAUGUUUUCCCGACUGCUCAGGCUAUUUCACAGGGAGAAUGGCGAUCAAGGAGAGACCAGACCAAGGCAGAAGGAAUCUGGCAUCCUUUCUUGUAAAAAACGAAGAAUGAAAUCAUUCUGGGGAAGACACAUGUCUGCUGGGAGAACAUCAUCCCAAAGUUGCAACAUUACUAAUCAUAUGAAGAAUAUGAAUAAACUAGAAGAUAUGAAAUUUUAUAUCAGGAAGAUAAAUGCUGAGCGGGAAGAACUAUUUUGAAUCUUGGACAUUGACAUGAAUACUGAUUUGAACUACAGGAUGAACACUGAAUUCACCAUCAUUAAAUCACAACAUGAGAAGACAAUGUUGGAUAUGGAAAAAAUGAAGCAGUCAAUAACUGAUUCCAUUGACAAGUACAAGGAAUUCAUAGAAGAUAAUGAUUCCUACAGCAUCAGGCACACCCACCUCCUGAAAGAAUGCAAUCAAUUGAAGAAAAAAGUAAGGAUGUUGCUGAAUGAGAACAGAAAACUGCUGGUAGAGCAGGCUGACCAGGAGGCAUCCUUUGGUGAAGAAAAGAGUUCUGUGAUGAGACCAGCAAGAACAUACAUCCCAAGUGCAAAGCAGCAGCAGCCUUGCACAGACAUGCUGUCCACCAUGGGCAUGUGGCCUCUAUUUCAGGAUCUAUCCAUGCAGGAGAGUUUGAAGUUUCAUCCCAACACUGCAUCCACGAGGCAGGCAAGAGAAAGAGUGCUUUGUGAAGGCCCUGAAGCAGAAGACAGAGACAGAAGUGGAACUUCACGAAGAAGCUUGAUCCCAGGGCCACUGGAGUCUGAGGUCCAGUGGAUGGAGAGCCACGAUAAUCCAGAUGACCCAACAGGACCAGCCAAAAUUGGCAUUCUCAGAGCCCUCCUGGAUGCCGAGCAGAUCUUGAUGUAUCUCAGCACUUCUCUGAAGCCUUCCAAACAGGCAGUCUUGCUGGACCAGAGGCUACACAAAAUAAAGGCCUCAUUACCCAUAGCAAACCAAAAAAGAAGAAAAUGCAGCCCAAGAUUGCCAUGGUUACAAGGAUUAGAUGCAAUGGUGGUUAAUUUGCUUUGCACACCCAGUGCUCCUGGUGAACAGUUGUGUCUGAGCAAGAUCUUGACCUGGUCUCUCAUCUGUUUGAGCUUCUGCAGAAUAUUUCAGACCUACAGGAGGAAAAGGAAAAUAGCCUGGUGAGAUCUUUCCAUGUCAGCGAUCCAGCAAAUACCAGCUUUACUCAGCAGGACAAUCCAGUAUCACUUUUCAUCUGAGAUCUUUCCUGUAUCCCCAUAGGAGAAGGGGAAGAGAGCACCUGGGCAUGGAUGUUUUUCUCAAAUGUAAAAAAUUGCUUGACAAUGGAUUGUGAACUACACACUGUGCUGGAGUUAUAGUAAAACACCACAUUUCUCCAAUAGUCUAAUUACUUGAUAUUAAAAAAUAAGUGUGUAUCAGUGUCUGAAUCUAACAUUAAACAGAGGCCUUCUAGGGAGCCUAGCAAACUUUGAA